AUUUACCACCACUAAUGAAUGGAAUAAUGACCAGCUCUACUGGUACAACAUUCGGAGCAAUGGCCACCUACACCUGCAACACUGGGUACCAAAGGUCAGGAUUAGCCACCAUAACUUGUGAGGCUAGUGGGAGUUGGAGCACAGCACCAGUGUGUACAGCCUUCUGUGAUGAUCUCCCUGAACUGGCCAAUGGACUCAUAUUCUACAGUCCAACCUCCACCUCCAGACUGCAGGGAGCCGUGGCUACACACUUCUGUAAUGUCGCUGGGUACCAACUGUCCUCAUCCACUACUACUAGGAUGUGUCAGUCUGACAGAAUGUGGAGUGGAGAUGUCAUUACUUGUGAACCUGUCUCCUGUGGCCCCCCUAUUACUGUUACCAAUAGUGGCAGGACUUUCACUGGUACAACAUUCGGAGAGACGACCACUUACACCUGCAACACUGGGUAUCAAAGGUCAGGAUUAGCCACCAUAACUUGUGAGGCUAGUGGGAGUUGGAGCACAGCACCAGUGUGUACAGCCCUCUGUGAUGACCUUCCUACUCUGGUCAAUGGAGUCAUAUUCUACAAUCCAACCUCCACCCCCAGACUGCAGGGAGCCGUGGCUACACACGUCUGUACUGUCACUGGGUACCAACUGUCCUCAUCCACUACUACUAGGACAUGUCAGUCUGACACAAUGUGGAGUGGAGAUGACAUCACUUGUCAACCUGUCCCCUGUGGGCCCCCUCCCACUUUUAACAAUCAAAUGAUGACCAGCUCUACUGGUACAACAUUCGGAGCAAUGGCUACCUACUCCUGCAACAUUGGGUAUCAAAGGUCAGGAUCAGCUACGAUAACUUGUCUUGCUAGUGGGAGCUGGAAUACAGUACCAGUGUGUACAGCCAUCUGUCCUGACCUCACCCUCUCCAAUGGAUUCAUCAGCUACAAUCCAGACACUGCCCCCAUACUAGAGGGAGCUGUGGCUACACACUUCUGUACUGAGGGAUACAGAAUGUUUGGUGGGAUGAAGAGGACAUGUGAGUCUGACAGAGCAUGGAGUGGAGUGAUCAUUACCUGCCAACAAUUACCUCCUGUCUACGUCUCCAUGGGAACCACCAACUAUGCUGUUAAUAGCUCACAGGUUGCCAUAGACACCAUCGGGGAGACUGAUGACGAGGCGCUUAUCUGCAGAACUGACAAUGCUCAAUGUUGUCGUGGAAGUGAUGGCCUUGCAGCAGGAGAGUGGAGGUUUCCCAAUAGAGAGGUUGUUCCUAGAUGUACUGAUGUUAGCCCCUCUGUUCCCUUUGUCUCCACCCGUGAUACUGGUGGGAUACUCAGACUCCAUCGUCGAGGGUCUGUGUCAGGCCCAACUGGCUCCUACUGCUGUGUGAUUCCUGACAACACUGGAGAUAACACAACGUUAUGUGUGAUGUUAGUGACUGAAGUCAUCAUUACCUCUCCUCCUCCCACUACAACUAAUGCCACCACUGGAGGCUCUGGGUCCAUUAACACAGGAGGUGUGGUGGCAGGUGUAGUCAUUGUUAUAGCCGCUGUCAUUGUGGUGGGUAUCAUUGUCGGGGUCUACUUCUGGAGGAAACUUUGUGGCAAUCAGACCAAGUACAGCCCCUCCCCACGUCAUGCCCCUCCCCCUCGCCCCACCCCCUAUCAAGCAUCGUUCAAGAAGAGCAACGGACAAGACCGUAAAGUCACUAUCCAGAAAGUUGACGAGCCUAGUAUAGUAGAGUUUCCUAGUGAUACUCAUGUGACGGAGGGGGAGGAGGUGUAUCUGAGGGUGAAGGUGGGAGGUCACCCUCCACCCAGUCUCACCUGGUACCACGAUGGUAGGAAGGUGACUGCAGACUAUGCCACAGAACUGGACCAGGACGGUGGAUUAUCCUUCCCUAGUGUGGAGACUAAGCAUGCUGGUGUGUAUAAACUGGUGGUUACUGGAGCCUCAGGGUCAACAACACAACAGGUCGUCACGGUAACAGUGAUGAGUGAGGGUGGUGAGGCUAGUGAGGGGGUGGAGGGGGUGGACUACGCCCCCAUACCUGUGACAGAGUUUGGAGCGUACGUGGCUGACCUCCAUGCUGACAGCAAUAAGAAGUUCAAACAUCUUUACAAGAAUCUGGACAGUGGGGAGAGGGGUCAUCCAGUGAUUAUUUCAGUGACUCCUGAGAACAAACUCAACAACAGAUUUGGCAACAUUGCUGUGUAUGAUGACAACCUCAUUAUCCUAGACCCCAUCCCUGGACAAGAGGACUGUCAGAGUGACUACAUCAAUGCCUGCUAUGUAGACGUGAGUGUGUGUGUGUUGAGCUCUUAUUUUAAUGGUUCAAUGUUUUUGUUUUUAUUGUUGUGGCUUUUACAGUGUGUAUACAUCUGCCUAAUGACUUGCUGCAUUCCACUGCUAAUGGCACACUUGUUGAGUAUACAAUGAAACCUUAGCUGUCUAAACUGGUCCUUUCUUUCACGUACUCACUGUAUGUUGUGUGCAUGCGCAGCGAGGUAUAAUUUAUGGUACUGUGUGUGUGUGUGUACUUGCUAUCCAUGUUCCACUCUUUGCAAAUGUUAUAUUGAAUUGAUAGUCUGAUACUGUAGCUUCAUUUAUCAAAGCUUUUGUGCGUCCACCAGCAGAUCCAUACAAUAAAAAGCACACGCGGUACUUU